AUGACUUUUUGUUUAAAGCCAUCUGAAAUAUUUUACUCACAGGAUUCAAUUAACAAUGUAUUUGAUAGAAAUUCACAACACAGGAACAUACAGAUUGGUGAAACUCUGGAUGCUAUUUGUGAUGGGAGAACCAGCGUCCUGUCGAUACCUACAAUUUCCGUAGUGUCAGUAUCCGGAAAAUGGAUAUCAGCGGACAACCGCCGACUGUGGGUGGUAAAACAACUAGAGCGUCUCGGGAAAGUAGAAACGAUCACCGUGCAUAUAGCCGGGUACAUACCAUCGAGGAAAAUGACAUCAAAUAACGGUGGAGUGUAUAUAAGAGUGAGAGGACCCCCAGGUGGGCGGUGGUAUUUAGAACCCGAUAAGCGAAUAAGGGCAAUACCAGAGGAACAGAUGAAACAUACAUAUAGAAAACAGUCAGUGAGUGUACCAACUGAUCUGCGAAGCAGUCGUAAAUUGGCUUGGUCUGAAUCAGAUAAGGAGACACCUUAUCCAAAGGGUAAUGGGAACAAAACGAAUCAACCGUCAGCUUCAUCAUAUGUGUCUCCGCAAACACAUAGUCCAUUGUUUGAGACGGACACUAUCGAAUCACAUAGGUCAGGUGCAAAUGAUGGUCAAACAACAUGUACACAACGAACAAAUGAUUUUAGAUUUUUCAUCGACCGAAACUCCGACAGUCUUUACAGAGGGGUUGUUAGACAAUCCGUGUCAGCACGGCAAUCCGUACUUGACCAAUCAAUUACACAGAGUACCCGCGCUAUGUCCCAAGCCACCUACAGCCAUGACAGUAGCGCUGUAAGACAAGCAUCGGCAGCAAGCCAUUCAGAACAGGACCGGUGCAUUAUACAACGUUUCCGCGAUAUCGCUAUAGGCAACGGCAGCCACGACAGAAGCGCUGCUCGACAAACACCAACUGCAAGCCAUUCAGCACAGGACCAUUCACUUCUACGUUCCAGCGAUAUCAGUCCAGACACCGACAUUCACGACACAACCGCUAUCAGAAAAUCAUCGACAGCAAGCCAUUUAGCUCAGAUACAUUCACUUCUAAAACUUUACCGCGAUAUCCCUCGAAACACCGACCGCCACGACAGAAGCGCUUCAAAACAAACAUCGACAGUACGCCGUACAGCACAGGACCAUUCACAUCUACGUUACCGCGCUAUCAGUCCAGACGACAACCACGACAGAAGCGCUUCAAAACAAACAUCGACAGUAUGCCGUACAGCACAGGACCAUUCACAUCUACGUUACCGCGCUAUCAGUCCAGACGACAACCACGACAGAAGCGCUUCAAAACAAACAUCGACAGUAUGCCGUACAGCACAGGACCAUUCACAUCUACGUUACCGCGCUAUCAGUCCAGACGACAACCACGACAGAAGCGCUUCAAAACAAACAUCGACAGUAUGCCGUACAGCACAGGACCAUUCACAUCUACGUUACCGCGCUAUCAGUCCAGACGACAACCACGACAGAAGCGCUUCAAAACAAACAUCGACAGUAUGCCGUACAGCACAGGACCAUUCACAUCUACGUUACCGCGCUAUCAGUCCAGACGACAACCACGACAGAAGCGCUACAAAACAAACAUCGACAGUACGCCGUACAGCACAGGACCAUUCACAUCUACGUUACCGCGCUAUCAGUCCAGACGACAACCACGACAGAAGCGCUUCAAAACAAACAUCGACAGUAUGCCGUACAGCACAGGACCAUUCACAUCUACGUUACCGCGCUAUCAGUCCAGAUUACAACCACGACAGAAGCGCUUCAAAACAAACAUCGACAGUAUGCCGUACAGCACAGGACCAUUCACAUCUACGUUACCGCGCUAUCAGUCCAGACGACAACCACGACAGAAGCGCUUCAAAACAAACAUCGACAGUAUGCCGUACAGCACAGGACCAUUCACAUCUACGUUACCGCGCUAUGAAUCCAGACAACGACAGCCACGACAGAAGCGCUGUUAAACAAGCAUCGUCAGCAAACCAUUCAGUACAGGGCCAUUCACUUCCACAACUUUACCGCGCUAUGAAUCCAGACAACGACAGCCACGACAGAAGCGCUGUUAGACAAGCAGCGACAGCACGGAAUUCAGCGCAGGGCCAAACACUUUUUGAACGGUACUGCGCCAUUAGUACAGACAACGACAGCCACGACGACAGAAGCGCUGCUAGUCAAGCAUCGACAGCAAGUCAUCCAGCACAGGACCAAUCACCGCGCUAUUGUUCAAGACACCGACAGCAACGGCAGCCGUUCAGCCAUUAA